AUGGAAUCGCAUGGGAGAAGAAAGAAGUCGAGAUCUAUCGCCGCUUUGGUGUUUUUAACCAUUAUUGGUGUAGGGUUUUUGUUCUUCGGGCUGGUUACUAUCACAUGCGGGUUUAUUGUGAAUUAUCUGGAAGAUUUCGAGGUCACAGAUGGUGGACAAGCUUUGGAAUCGGCAGUGGAAUCAGAGUUUGAUUACACUCAGUAUUGGCUUGGAUUUCCAGUUAGUAAAACUAUGGUUUCUAUGUUAUAAUUAAGUACUAGUGAAUUUCAGUAAUUUAAAAGCCAGCAGAUAGAUGGUGGCCAUUAAUAUCAGAGUAAGAAAAUAAUGUUAAUAUACUCCUAGCUCAUUAUUCAUGGUAGUAUACAAAUUUGGUGAUAAAUAAAUAAAAUCGAAAGGCAUAGAUUAUAGAAGGGGUUUUGUAUUUCCCUCAAGAUUUCAAACCACAAAAACUCUUCAAUAGUUAAUUCUGUCAAGUGAGAUGCCCAAUGCUAUAGGUUAUAGAUUUUAUGUUAUAAUUUUGACUUUCUCUUAUAAGCUUCCAGAUGCAGUUCUGAUGCUAGACUUCGUGACUAGCAUCUGUUGCUACGAUUGGUGGUUUUGAGCUAAAGGCCCUGUCACACUAUUGCAUAUCGUACUAGCGUAUGCCAGCCUAUGAAAAAUAUCACUCAUAGUACCAUACGCUGACAUACGCUAGGGGUACGUUAGGCAUUUAGGUUGUAUACGUUUCAAGCACGAUCGCAUACGGUGGCAUACGGCGAGACAGAAACAUUUUUUUAAGCAUGCUUAAAAAUUUUGGGCGUAUUCAGACGUAUGGCUUAUACGAUAAGCACACUCUAAGCACACGCUGAAUACGCUAGAGGUACGCUAGAUGUACGGUACUCAUACGCUGGCAUUUCAAGGGAUAUUUCAUGUAAUUUUGUGCCUAUGAAAAUUAUUUCAUUAAUUUUCAGUUCCCUAGCUCAAGCAUUUCUUACAAAUCCUCCAAAACCAAUGCAAAAUUCCUACUGUAAUCAGAGAAACGUUGAUAGUACAUGUAAACGAUGCUUAAAGCCUUGGCUUAAUGGUGAAACGAGGGUAUUGGCACGGUCACGCGACCUUUUAGCUGCUAGUCUUAAUGCUUUCCCAACAUUGGAACAUUCAUUAAUUAAAUUAAACCUUUGUCUUCUUAACCAGACUGUCAAAUCUCAUCACCUCUCGUGUGCGUUUGAUCACGGCUUAAUUACAUGCGAUUUUUCCGCCUUCCCUAAGAGCGACUCCAUCGCUGUGUAAAUUGAAUUUCUCGCUUGGCAAAAUCUCAGCCAUGAUCUCUUCGUUCAAACCGAGAUACUGAACAAGAUCAUUGAAAUGUUUUGCUUGCUCUUCAGGAACUUUCGGCACAGUUGCGGGAUUCUCUGGAGUCGCAAUUUUCCUCGCGCGAAGAUAAUCCAAAAUUAUCACAAAAUACUGUUGUAAAUGCACUAAGUAUGAUUCUCACUUUACAAAAGAUGAGCUAAUUUUUAAAUGUAAGCGAAAGCACUAUAUAGUCUGUUCUGGGAAAACAAUUGCAAAAUCUGACAAUCUGUUACAGAUCAGUGCUUUUUAUGCAAAUGCUGUAAUCUGAUUGGGAGAAUUCGAUGAAUAAUCACGAACAUAUUCAUAUUUCAAAAUAGACCUGUCGAGUGUCGAUAUACCCUUUAUUUUAUUUAGAAAUCUUUUGUGUUGCGCGUGUAUAAUCUGUUUAUUAAAUCAGUGUGUGUUAUAUAAAUUCUCACUAGUCUAAACUUCAAACUGUUGGUUCUCAGUGUAGGUAGUGGUCUUGAAAUACACGCCCUUUGUGGUAGAUUCUCACUAGUCUUAACUUCAAACUAUUGGUUCUCAGUGUAGGUACUGGUCUUGAAAUACACGUCCUUUGUGGUAGAUUCUCACUAGUCUAAACUUCAAUUCGUUUAAUUAAAAAUUGUUGUCGUUUAAUUAAAAAUAUCUAAAAAUAAAAGACAGAUAUUGUCCUCAACUAGGCCUACUACAUGUAAAUGUUGCGACUAAAUCAUGGUCACUGAUGUGAAAUAGUCCGGAUUUAUCUUGUCUUUUGUGUGCUGUAUGCAAAUCAGUAUUUUACUGAUUGCAGAUAUAAAUUGACAAUGUGUUAUUACAUCCGCUAUCUUGACAUGGUUAUACAAUCGCCCAGAUCAAAUGGAAACCUGAUUUUAGUGUUAUAUAUAAAACUACUCCUCUUUUAAUUAUAAUAUCAUUUAUUAAUAAGAAACAAUUUGGCUGUUCAGUAUGUUAAUAUCUUAUCAGUUUCAUAUUCUUAUUUAAUAAUUAACACUAUAACGCCUGGGAAUCUCCAUAAUAUUUGACGAGUAAAAAUAAAAAUGGGGGGGGUCAAAGAAAAAUAUUUUCAUAUGCAGGGAGGACACCAUUAAAUUUCUGCUCUUUUAAGGGGGCUUUCAAUUUUAAAAAUUUAGGAAAGAAAAAAUUCACCUCCCCCCUUCCAUAAAUAAUGACUGGUCCCUUAAUCGAAAUGAAGAAAUUGUAUUAGAAAUUGUGUAAGUUGCAUUGACGGAUAUUCGAGCAUACAGAGUGAUGCAGAUCAAAUACCUUGCUUAUAAACCAUGCGUGGUAUUUCCACAAAAACAAAACAAUUAUACUCUUAACAGCCUGAAAUUAUACAAGGAACCGAAGAUUCUUUCGUCUACCUAACAUAAUUCGUCAAAUAUUUUAUCAACAGGACGUCGGGAAGAAAUUUUAUAAAUGUUGUGCGAUGAAAACACGGAAUAAAACCCCAACAUUACUAAGCAAGAAAUUAAAUCAAAUUGCAAACAUGGACAAUUUAGACCAAAAAUAAAAUUCAUUUGAGAUAGGUGACGAACCAAGUAUUUCAUCAAAUACGAUUAUAUGCAUUCUAUUUUUAUGAUAUCAGUAAAAAAAUUCAACAUGUGUUAGAUAAACUUAAUAUUCUAUCCCCCAAACUACUUGUUCAAAGCAAGGGUGUGGGCUUUAUGCUAAUUUUAUCUCAAAAUCAAAAUUACCUAGCUUAUUAUGUCAAAAUAUACACUCCAGCAUGUAUAUUAUUCAUCCUCGACUCCACGAUCCUCAACCAUCAGUCAAGCUCAAUUUUAUCUUCGAAUGCUGCUAAAUGUAGACAACACGUAAUACACUGCAGUCACAGAUGCAAUGUCACACUCAAAUAUAAAACACACCUACGUUUGUUUUUUCCUUCUCACAAGAAUAAAGACCAAUUAAGAAGUGAUGAUGCGGUUUUUCCGACUACAUACAUGAUGAUUUUACGGAAAUCCAGUACUAGUAUAACACUGGAAUUAUCUAAUCCAGUACUAGUAUAACACUGGAAUUAUCUAUACGUUGUCGUUGUACAAACGUGUAAUCUGUUAUGUCUAAGUAAAGUAGCUCUAUACGACCAAGGGCUAUUAUUUUCCCAUGAAAAUACUGACAGUGCUGCUAGUGAAAAUGACCAAUCUAUUAAACCGACUAAAAAAUACACUACAGACACGUAAAGCUUAUAAAUUCCUCUUUCAUAUACCAUUUCAAAUUCCUUCAGAGCUAGAGACCAUAUAUAAAUACAGGUUUUAAUAUAACAAUUAUAAAAAUUAUCAUAACAUAUGUACACAUGAAAUGCCAUAGCGAAAAAAAUGCAAAUAAGUCAGUCCAUAUGAUUAUUAAAAUAACAAUAUAAUUAAUUUUCUCCCUUUCACUCAUGGAAUUGCAAAAGCCUUCACAAGAGAACAGAUAAAUAUACAUUCCAAUGUAAAAUUUAUCAUACGAAAUACUUCAAACGCCAUUCACAUGAUGGUAAAAAAAAUGCAAAACAGAAAUAUUUUCGAACAAUGUCUUUCGGACCACCUAUGGCGAUAAUUUUUCUUUUUCAUUUCGGAAGGCAUACCAACAAGCCAAGUCGAACAACACGAAACUGCGAGGCAAAUUUCAGCCAUGGAAUCGCAUGGGAGAAGAAAGAAGUCGAGAUCUAUCGCCGCUUUGGUGUUUUUAACCAUUAUUGGUGUAGGGUUUUUGUUCUUCGGGCUGGUUACUAUCACAUGCGGGUUUAUUGUGAAUUAUCUGGAAGAUUUCGAGGUCACAGAUGGUGGACAAGCUUUGGAAUCGGCAGUGGAAUCAGAGUUUGAUUACACUCAGUAUUGGCUUGGAUUUCCAGUUAGUAAAACUAUGGUUUCUAUGUUAUAAUUAAGUACUAGUGAAUUUCAGUAAUUUAAAAGCCAGCAGAUAGAUGGUGGCCAUUAAUAUCAGAGUAAGAAAAUAAUGUUAAUAUACUCCUAGCUCAUUAUUCAUGGUAGUAUACAAAUUUGGUGAUAAAUAAAUAAAAUCGAAAGGCAUAGAUUAUAGAAGGGGUUUUGUAUUUCCCUCAAGAUUUCAAACCACAAAAACUCUUCAAUAGUUAAUUCUGUCAAGUGAGAUGCCCAAUGCUAUAGGUUAUAGAUUUUAUGUUAUAAUUUUGACUUUCUCUUAUAAGCUUCCAGAUGCAGUUCUGAUGCUAGACUUCGUGACUAGCAUCUGUUGCUACGAUUGGUGGUUUUGAGCUAAAGGCCCUGUCACACUAUUGCAUAUCGUACUAGCGUAUGCCAGCCUAUGAAAAAUAUCACUCAUAGUACCAUACGCUGACAUACGCUAGGGGUACGUUAGGCAUUUAGGUUGUAUACGUUUCAAGCACGAUCGCAUACGGUGGCAUACGGCGAGACAGAAACAUUUUUUUAAGCAUGCUUAAAAAUUUUGGGCGUAUUCAGACGUAUGGCUUAUACGAUAAGCACACUCUAAGCACACGCUGAAUACGCUAGAGGUACGCUAGAUGUACGGUACUCAUACGCUGGCAUUUCAAGGGAUAUUUCAUGUAAUUUUGUGCCUAUGAAAAUUAUUUCAUUAAUUUUCAGUUCCCUAGCUCAAGCAUUUCUUACAAAUCCUCCAAAACCAAUGCAAAAUUCCUACUGUAAUCAGAGAAACGUUGAUAGUACAUGUAAACGAUGCUUAAAGCCUUGGCUUAAUGGUGAAACGAGGGUAUUGGCACGGUCACGCGACCUUUUAGCUGCUAGUCUUAAUGCUUUCCCAACAUUGGAACAUUCAUUAAUUAAAUUAAACCUUUGUCUUCUUAACCAGACUGUCAAAUCUCAUCACCUCUCGUGUGCGUUUGAUCACGGCUUAAAUGGAAUCUAGUUUGCUAGCAGGCAUAAAAGCGAUAAAGUAUAUAUAGGCUACAGUUGAAUGUUCUCGAAAAUGCACUUAAGUUCACAAUACGUUUAAUUUGCAUGCGUUUUAUAAACAACUUAUACUCUCAAUUAAAAAUCGCAUUAUGCUGUGCAACACUGUUAAACAAAGAAUAACAAAUUAAAAUACAUGACAUACAAUUUAAAAUAUUGGCUACAGUGUUUCGUGAAAAGAAUAGAAUGCAGUGUAUUAUAACCCUUAGCUUGAAGUGGCAAUGUAGUUAUCAUCUUAUUAAUGCAUUUCGUGUUUAAACCGUAAAUAAAUUUGUGUGGUUCACAAUUUCGUAUUAUUUAAUACAAUAUAAAAUUACAAAUACACACUACUAAAUGUUGUAUGUGUACCAUUUAAGUGGAUUUAAAACCAUUUCCGUGUGUCGUUUAUACUCCAGUCUCACAGACGUCUUUAUGGCGUCAAAGACGUCUUUUACAUGUAUAAUAAAAACAUGGUAAUGAACUGUAAAACCGGAAUGAAAAAACGCGGAAAUGCACUGUGAAACCAGCCAUUAGUUGUACAAGUCUGAGGACUGCUGGUUAAGCCAGCGAAAACGUAUAUGUAUAGUAAGAUUCGCAAACAUUUUUGAACGGCAUACUUGCGCUAAGGGCGUGAUUGCGCACUAGGCGUGGCAGCCUGGGUAUCAUACAUUUUUGUGUGAUCAGACGAUUACAUAGAAUUCUUACUACCAUAUAAUUCUUGCACCAGUUUCGUCUCAUUUGUCUGCUAAUUUUGAUAUUUCUUUUUAGUUCCUGAUCACAGCAGUUCUUUCAGUUUGCUCAGGAUUGUUUCAAACAACGAGAUCAUUGGUAAGACAUUGACCUCACAUAAUAAUGUUCGUGACAUCGAACAUGUACUGUACAAUAGAUCUGUGGAUAUUUUUACACACGACAAUAUUGUGAAUAUGGAAAUAUGCGAUGUACCGAGGGGUUUUGCAAAAGCAUUGUGAAAACCAGUCCUAACGACCAGUUUUAACUAAUAUUAGUAUUUUUGCACGAGUGAAUAUGACAAAUCCUACAAGUUGAUUGGUCAAAUUUGACGUAUUAAGCUGUCACAUUCACCUACAGGUGAAUAUAACAAAACCAAAAUUUGCAAGAUGGCGGCUGGCCGUUUUGUGGAAGUUACUGAUAAGGAAGUAAGCGAAAUUAAAUAACAAAAAUCUUGUGACUUGUGGCAGUAAAAACAAAAUAUUAAAACCAUUAUUAGCCUUAAAUAUUGUCUUGGUUGAAUCAAGUUCAUUCACACCAUUAUCAUUAUAAAGUGGCUGUUUUUCUAAAUACUUGCAUAUUUUUUUCCAAUUUUAGACAAGUACAACUGUUGUGUUCUUCCAUCUCUGUAUAAUUCUUUCGUUGUUCGCGAUGGUACUCGAAGGAGUAGAUUGGGUUACAUGGAAGAACAUGGACAGUUUGCGCAAGAACUGGGAGGAUAAAGAUGGAUAUUCCUGUUCGAGCGUGGGACACUCGUGCGUUUGUGCACACACCACCACCAAUGCAACUAUGCGUAAGGCUGUGUUCAUAUCAGUUCGGAUACAGAUAAUCAUCCUGUUUCAACUUGUUCGUACUGCUUGUUCCCAGCUUGUUGACAAGUCGUCAACGGCUUGUUGACAACUUGCUACAAGGUUGUUGAGCUCAACAGACUUGUUACAAGUUGUUCCAACAACUUGUUAUCGUCCUGCAAUUCAACAAUUUGUCAAAAGUUGUGAGUGACAACUUUGUAGCGAUUUGAUAAAAUAACAACUUUGUUACAAUUUGUCGCAAGCCUGUUGCGAACACAUCUUGUUGACAAGUUGUGAGAUUUUUUUACGUGUGUAAACUGAAGCAGUAAAACUUGAAGAAGACCUCGAAGGACAGCAGGAAAGAACCAACCCAGAUUUAUAUUUAGAUGAGAUUUCGAGCACACAGAAGUUAAUCACCCAACGUAAACAGAUACCUCAGUAGCAGGCUUAACUCAGGGACAAGCAACAAUUCACUUCGUCUGCUAGAUCUAUUGAUUUCCUUUUUCAUUUUUUCAGCCGUUUCCUCAUGGGCGUCGUGUUCCAACAUCUCAUCACUUUCUGGUCUUUUCGGCGCCAUUACAGCAUCAGCCAUCAUAGGAAUAUUCCUCUCUCUUGCUGGCAUUGUUGUUAUUUUGAAUUCGUUGUCAUGGAAACCACAUCGUUACCUAGUU